AUGCCCCCCGCUGGCAUCUCACAGGCACCGAGAAGGGCCCGCAAGAGAGCGGAGGGCGGAGCCAGCUCCAAUGUCUUCUCCAUGUUUGAUCAGUCCCAGAUCCAGGAGUUUAAAGAGGCCUUCACCAUCAUGGACCAGAACCGGGAUGGCUUCAUCGACAAGGAGGACCUGAGAGACACCUUUGCUGCCUUGGGCCGCAUCAACGUGAAGAACGAGGAGCUGGAGGCCAUGGUGAAGGAGGCCCCCGGGCCCAUCAACUUCACUGUCUUCCUGACCAUGUUCGGGGAGAAGCUGAAGGGUACGGACCCAGAGGAGACCAUUCUCCACGCCUUCAAGGUGUUUGACACCGAAGGGAAAGGUUUCGUCAAGGCUGAUUUCAUCAAAGAGAAACUCAUGACCCAGGCGGACCGGUUCAGUGAGGAGGAGGUCAAGCAGAUGUUCGCGGCUUUCCCUCCAGACGUGUGUGGCAACCUGGACUACAGGAGUCUGUGCUACAUCAUCACCCACGGCGAAGAGAAGGACUAG